AUGAGGGCAUCCUAUGAAGCAGAAAACACUUUCCACUGCUUUCCUGACUUGUUUCCCGAAUUACGAUAUAAAAUUUGGCUUUAUACUCCUGCUCUUUUCCCUCGAAUCAUUGAAGUCAGACCACGCACAACUCCGACCGAAGCAUGGGAUCCCCUCACCACCAAACAUCAUGUUAGAGUGACUGCACCUAUUGCCCUCUUACAAAUCAACCACGAAGCUCGAGAAGUGCUGCUGCCAUUAUAUACUCUGCUCAGCUCAGACGUGACCCUCACCCCGAUCUCCCAUUAUCACCUAGCUUCCCCAAAUCCUCACGAGAAGCCACCCAUGGUAAACUUCGAUACGGACACUAUAUAUUUCAGCGUAGCUUGGAGUACUACCGAAGAAAUUCCAUAUCUCUCAUUCAUACAGCGAUUGUUCCAAAACUUCGAUCAAGAUAGACAACGAGUGCGAAGACUGGCGGUGGAUAAUUCCUCAGAGUUGACGAAUUUGAUAGACUUUCCCUUCAAAUUGAGACAGUCUGCAAGCGGCGAACAUGGCAUCACAAACAUCCCAGCGUUGCGGAGAUCGGAAGACUCCUAUCCUGAACAGAUGAAAUCUAAAGAUGGCGAAUAUGAUGCCGAGGAUCCUACAGAGUUUUCCUUGGCUUCGAGACACUGUAAUGAUGGCCAGGCCACCUUGGAAUCUUAUUUAUUAGAUAUGAACUCGGCUCUCUUGGAGUUCAAGAACUUGGACGAAUUGGUCAUAGUUGUUAAGCCUACUCACUUGAGGGCUGAUGUGAUGUUGGUUUGCUUUGUAGAUCUGGGGAACGCCAGCAUUGGAGAGGAAGAGGAGUGUAUCGAUAUCCUACGUACACUAGGAUCCGGAGGGUGGAAAAUACCCAAAACAAGAAUUUGUACAACACAUGUAGUUCCAGUGGACAAUCGAAAAAUGGAAUCACAAAGAGCCUAUUUGGAGAGAGUAUAUGGAAAGGCUUUCGUUUCGAGUUUCACUAGGGAAUAA